CCAAGUUUUCUUAUUUAUGCUUGUCCAAUGCAAUCCAAUAAGGUUACAUCGCAGUUUUGAUAAUUUACAUUUAUUGGUCAUUGCUCUUGUCGCUGAAUGAAAACGUAUCCAAUGAACGUUCGUGUUUAGUAAGUGAUAUCCUAGUAACUAAGAUAUAACAAUUCUUCGUUUGUCACGUGAUUGAAAACAUACUUGCCAAUCAAGAAACAGGAAGUGUAAAAGUGUAUUAAAUUUAAUGUUAAAUUCUUCGAAAUUUUGUACGUUCGACUGAAACAGUUUAAAAAACAAACUGCUUUAUCCAUCCAACCGUAACAAUUCUUUUGUUCUAACUUUAUUUUAACCUCAAAAAUGGUCAACGGUCAGCACAGAGCUAGGGAAUAUUACUUUACGCAUGCGUAGAAAGCAGCGCUGACGCAGAAGUACGUCAGCUGUUUUGCUAGAGAUGCGUGCAUUGGGAAUGGUGUAUUGUUGACUGCAGAGCACUUCGCAGUUUGUAGGCCCGAUCAUAUUUUCUUUGUUUAUUUGGUGUGCAGAAUCGAAGAAUCACCGUGAAAAAGGCCCUAUCGGCAGUGAAAGAUCACGAAGCGUUCGAGUAUAGCUAAGGAAAUCGUAAUAGAAGCCUGAAAUUAUACGGAAACCCGUUGGAAAUUGAUCCUUUUGAGAAGCAGUGUUCACAAAGGCGUCCGUCCGACUGUAGUGUUCUGUGCUACCACUUCAGGAGGUUUGGGACGUUCUGUUUUCUGGAACGGACUUUAACUCCAAUUCCAGAAGAUAAUUAUGGCACAAACAACGAGUAGCGCUCUUAGAGCCCUUGCCUUGGAAUAUAAAAGUCUUCAAGAAGAACCCGUGGAAGGAUUUCGCGUGAAACUCGUUAACGAGGACAACAUGUUUGAGUGGGAAGUGGCUAUCUUCGGGCCUCCGGAUACGCUUUACCAAGGAGGAUAUUUCAAGGCACACAUGAAGUUCCCGCCAGAUUAUCCAUACAGUCCACCAAGCAUUCGGUUUAUGACGAAAGUUUGGCAUCCGAACGUGUACGAGAAUGGAGACCUAUGCAUAUCGAUUUUGCAUCCACCCGUAGACGAUCCACAGAGUGGCGAACUACCAUGCGAGAGGUGGAAUCCAACACAGAAUGUCAGGACGAUCCUCCUCUCGGUGAUUUCGCUCUUAAACGAGCCCAACACGUAUAGCCCCGCCAACGUGGAUGCUUCUGUGAUGUACAGGCGCUGGCGCGACUCCAAGGGUAAAGACAAAGAAUAUGAAAAUAUCAUAAGGAAACAAGCGCAAGCGGCUAAAAUGGAAGCUGAAAAAGAAGGUAUCGUAGUGCCGGUAACGCUGGAAGAUUAUUGUAUCAAGACUCAUGCGAGGCCAGCCGAGCAACAAUUAGACAUGACGGAUUUCUACGAUGACGAGUACGAGCUGGACGACGACGAUGAUGACGAGCAAAUGAGUGCCAGCGAUUACGAAGACGGUGACGAUAGUGGCAACGGAGAGUCGUGAUCCAUUUCCUAAGGGACGACAAAAAUAAACUCGAAGAAGGAAAAAAAAACGCUAAUUAUUAUCAGUUCUGUAUAGAUUAAUAAAUUAACGGGCUUCUAAACCGGACGCUCUCUCCUUUCAGACGUGCCACCUAAAUUCAAGUACACGUUCGAAGAACAUUUAAUCAUUGUUAGAGUACUUUUCGUUUUUGUAAGUAGAUUCGCAAACACAUGUUUUAAAGAUGACGACAUCUGUAUCAUGAAUGCCGUUUUACUGUUGCAGGUGCCUCUAGACAAUAUUAAUUAAAAGUUCUAUAAUAAAUAUUACGAAAAUCCUUGAAUCGGUUCUAAUCAAAUGUUUUGUACGCUAUCGUUGAACGAAAUCUCUUAAAACCAUAAUGAUCGAAAGAAAAAAAGAGUGUAAAAGAAAUCGGAAUUCUGUACGCAAAGCAAUUUUUUUCUAGAGGAUACUAAAAUUGUCGAGAAUGCCGCGUUUAUAAGCUCUUUAACUUAAGCAAUAUACGGUAUGAACAUAAGUACUCUGUUAGGAGCACUGUGCUUGUUGUGUUGUGGUUGGCACGUCGGUCUUUUUAACUAGGCAAAAAAAAAAGGAUAAAAGGACCAAUUGAUUUACCUAAAGCGGUGAUUCAGCGUUCGAUUAAAUAAAUUUCUAAGGAAAGUACAAUGAUUGGGCUGGCUCAAAUCUCCUUUUAUCCAUGCGUCAUACUUAAAAUUUAUAUCUAGUAGGUACAUCAAUUGAUCCUUGCAUUUUCGAAUCUUCGAUGAAACUUACAUGGAAUAAAAUGAAAAAUUUCGACGUUUCGUGUGAUUAUUUAUGCUGUAAAGCCAAACGUUGAGAAAAAGAAUUCAAUUCGUGUAAGCGAGAAGUAAAACAAACUGCCAUGAAAGACCUGUUGAACAUUCUUCGAUGUACCAUUCUGUUUCGAAGAAUUUAUAUACAUCUUAAUGGGUUUUUUUUUGUUUCUAUUUCUGUUCAGAACUCUACUACUCGAUGAUGGAACACAUCUUUUUUGUAUGCACAUGAAUUUACAUAGGUUUAAGUACUACCAUAGAAUCUUAUAUUAUAAUUUUUCUUUACAAAACGUUUUGUUUUGUGGUGGGAUAUUUUAUAGCAGGUCUUUGGACAGUUUGUUUUUGUUCGUGGUUUUUAAACGUAUAGAAAUAUAGUUUUUACUAUGAACGAUACUAUCUGUAAGUUUCGAUUUUUUGUCAUUAUAGCAUUACUAAAUCUUUUUUAAAAAAAAGUACUGAAAUACGUUUACGAACUUCUCUUACGUGCAUUGCGCUACAUCCCACGAAGUUAGUUUAGCUUAAUACAAUUAUUAAGAUCUCUUGGUGUUAAGUAUUAUCUUUCACACGGGGACAAAAAGCUUGAUAGAUGGAAUCGAUUAAGAAAUAAACUUAUUACUUAAGUGAAAGAAAUACCAGAUACAGCUAACCUACUCUGUGGUAGUGUGUCUGUGCUCGUAUGACUGAAAUUGUAAAUAGUACACGAAAUCCAAUUCUUAAAGACAUAAAAAUGUAUAAAUGGUA